AUGACGCAGCGCCAAAUACUCAACUUUGCGUGCGCUUUUGACAAAACACACCACAGCCACAAGCUUGAAGCAAACAACCCCAUGGCUCACCUCAGCCUCCUCGCCGUCGUGCUGGCCGCAUGCUUCUGCCUCACCCUGGCUUCCUUCAAUGACUCCAUCCAGGCCGAAUCCAAUCUGAUGGUGGGCUACUGGGCCCAGUGCUCCUCGGGCAACGAGGGCAGCCUCGCGUCGUACUGCUCCGGCAGCACCUACGACAUCAUCGUGAUCGGCUUCAUGCCCCAGUUCGGCAGCGGCGGCGACAUUUCAAUCAACUUUGCUGGCCAUUGCUGGCAGACGUUCCCCGGGACCAACCUGCUGCACUGCUCCGACAUCGGGAGGGACAUCCAGGCGUGCCAGUCCCAGGGCAAGCGCGUCUUCCUCUCGCUCGGCGGAGGCGAUGGCAACUACGGCCUCUCGAGCGACGAACAGGGCAACCAACUGGCCCAGACCGUGUGGGACAUGUUCCUGGGCGGGUGGACCAACAACCGCCCGUUCGACGGGGCCAAGCUGGACGGCAUCGACCUCGACAUCGAGAAGGGCGACCCCUCGCACUACGGCGCCUUCGUCAACACCCUCAGCAACCUCUUCAACAAGGACACCAGCAAGCGCUACUACAUCUCUGCUGCGCCGCAGUGUCCGUUUCCUGAUGCGUUCGACGGGCCGUACUCGUGGGGCAGCGCGCUCGACCAGGGCAAGGUGGACUACAUCUGGGUGCAGUUCUACAACAACCUGCCCACCUGCGGCCUGCCCAACCCGUUCAACUACUACACCUGGUCCAACUGGGCGCAGAACCACAGCCCGAAGACCCGCGUCAUGGUGGGCGUGCUGGGUGCCAACUCGGGCGGCGCGGGCUUCAUCGACGCCAACGGCCUCCAGCGCGCGCUGGGCGGCGUGCGGUCGGACGGCCAGUUCGGCGGCGUCAUGGUCUGGGACGUCUCCCUGGCUGCUCAGAACAACUUCGGUCAGCAGAUCUCUCAGUACCUCAAGAACUAG